CGAGUUGGUCUAUAACUGAGCGUUUAGCGCAGAAUAUGAAAUCAACGUAAUUGAUCGAGAGAACGAGGGCUUUCGAGGGGGAAAACGAGGAAUGAGGUUGAAAUUAACCAACAACAAUAAAAUCCGAGAAGAUAAGCAUUGUCCUCCACGAUCAGCGAAAUACUCAGGAAACUCUCUGAUUUGUACAGACACAGAAUUGGAUAAACAAUGAGACGUACCAAGUCAGGUGCUCCUUCCAGCACAGUCCCUGGGUCUGGCAAUGGACCUUCAUCCUCAUCUAGCUCAAGCUCUACAGAUAAGAAUACCCCAUCCUCAGCAGCACCUGCUGCUGCGGCACAAGCUGCUGCAUCCCCUGCCGCUCAAGCCCAUGCAGCAAUCACCGAUGCUGGAGCAUCCAUUCAAGACAUGCUGAAGGAGUUACACACCCUCGUCAAAGAGACUCAGGUAGAGAGAGCGAAGAGUGAACAGACGCUCUCCACAAUUAACAAGACCCAUGAACGCAUGAACUCCGAGGGGAAGAUUUCUCCAUAUUUCAAGACCAAGCUGAGGACACUUUACCAGUCAGCUGUUGGGGAGGCAGAGUCAGAGGCUGAAAUACUCCGGAAGGCACUGAAGAAAAUAGCGGACAUCAAGUCAGUACGGAACGAACAGCGCCUCCAGGCUAAGAAUGCUGGGCUAUACACUGACAUGGAUGGACCAAGAAAGACUAUGAGGAGAGGUGUGCUGAUGACAAUGCUACAACAAGCUGCCCUGACACUACCGUUGUGGAUUGGUCGACCCGGGGAGAGCCCGCCACCUCUGUGUGGUGCCAUCUCAGGAGAAAACAACUACCUGGCGAAGUUGGGAGACAAAGUGGCCGCUCGGGUCAAAGGAAGUGACGGAGAUGAAAACUGGAUCUUGGCUGAGGUCGUGUCGUUUAAUGCCGCUACAAAUAAAUAUGAAGUUGAUGAUAUUGAUGAAGAAGGGAAAGAACGACAUUUGUUAUCGAAGCGGAGAAUAGUGCCUCUUCCGCUGAUGAAAGCCAACCCAGAAACCAACCCCGAGGCUCUCUUCAAGAAAGGCACGUUAGUGAUGGCACUGUACCCACAGACCACCUGUUUCUAUCGAGCAUUAAUAGACGGUCCUCCAGAAGGGCCUAUGGACGACUACUGUGUACUAUUUGAGGACAACUCAUACGCCGAUGGCUACUCACCGGCCUUAAAGGUUGCCCAACGUUACGUCGUUCAAGUGAAAGAACCAAGACGGAGAUGAAAAUCAUUCCCUCUGCUACGAAGGAGAUUCACCCUCAUCCGAAACGAUUUGUUUCUUCAGUAAAAGGACACUUCAAUAUGAACAGGCUGAAGUGAUUUGUUUCAUUUGUAAAGUGAAGCGACUGGUGUAACUAGGGGGAUUUCACAAAGAGUGUAGACUAGUUUUAUCUCGAUUAAAGACAGUGGACACUAAAGACCUAGGUGUAUAUCA